AUGAAAGUAUUCGAAAAUGAGGUAGAUUAUAACUAUCCACCCUCUCAAACCCUGUCGGCACUUCAUCGUAAAUACCCUAAUCCAUUCGCUACCCAUGUCUACUCAGUAGACACGAUAAAUAGAAGUGUAGAUCCCGAAACGGGUAUUUUGAGAUCAGAGAGAUUGAUAGGCGUUCAGCAAGGUGCACCGAAAUGGAUAACCAAGCUGUUUCACCUUCCACCGACGGCAUACGUAAGAGAAGUAGUCUUCGUCGAUAUCUCAAACGAAUCGGCGACCAUGAUGUCCGUCAAUUUGAGUUUAGCUCAAUACGUAUCAUGUCUCGAAUUAAUCAAUUACACGCCUUCACCCAUCAACCCAUCGAUUACUCAUUUCCAUCAAAGGGCAUUAUUGAUAUCUGCCUUCCCAACAAGGAUGAUAGCUAGAAGAUUGGAAAAAGCAAGUUUUGAUAGAUUCAAAUCGAAUGCUGGUAUCGGUAAAAAAGGGUUCGAAUGGGUAUUACAAGGUGGUGAUCAAAUGAAAUUACCAAAGCCUGUCAUAGAAUAA